CACUGAACACCUUUCUACAGUGAAGAUAGUCUAUAGCACCUUCACGUGGUCUACAGCAUAGUCUCAUAAGCUACACAUAUCUAUACAUCAACGGCAUGACAAACCACUGCACUGUCUGGGUGAAGUCUUUAUGUUUCCUGAACCACUGCCAGGUUAAUAAUAAGGCAAAGCUGGACGAGGGAAACAUUGUAAAUCUUUGGUCAUUUUACUGAGUGUCUAUUCCGUUGUUGGUCUCUUUCCAAAGCGCUGUGAUUCAGACAGCGAUGAUGACAAGGAAAAGAAGAAGAAGAAAAACAAGAAGAAGAAGAAGAAGAAGAAGAAGAAGCCAGUGAAGAAGGAUUCCAGUUCCUCCUCAUCUUCAGAGAGCUCCUCAUCCUGUUCAGACAGUGAGGAUGACAAGAAGAAGAAAAAGAAAAAGAAGAAAGAUAAGAAGAAGAAAAAGGACAAGAAAAAGAAAGAAAAGGACUCCAGCUCAUCCUCCGAUUCCGACAGCUCCUCAUCUUCCUCCUCCUCUGACAGUGACAGUGAUAAGAAAAAGAAGAAGAAGAAAAAGGAGAAGAAAGACAUGGAGAGGAAGAAAAAGAAGAAAGACAAGGGGAAGAAGAAAAAGCAGAAGGACUGCUCCUCUGACAGUGAUGAUGAUAAGGAAAAGAAGAAGAAGAAGAAGAAGAAGAAGAAAAAGGACGAGAAGAAAAAGAAAAAAGCCAAAAAGGACUCUUGCUCAUCUUCCUCAGACAGUGAUGAUGACAAAAAGAAGAAAAAGAAGAAGAAAGACAAGAAGAAGAAGAAAAAUAAGAAGAAGAAAGAGAAGAAGGCGUCCUCGUCUUCUGACAGCGGAGAGGAUAAAAAGAAGAAGCAGGACAAGGAUAAAAAGAAGGGCUCUUCCUGCUCCUCCUCUUCAUCUUCAUCAGGGAGCGACAAGGAGAACAAGCCCAGGAAAGAUGAGCGGGAAGGAGAAGGAGAGGACAGCUCGUCGAAGGAGCAGUGCAGCCCUGGAGGAGCACACGGGCUUGACAAGUUUGAACCCCCUAAGGGACCGUCUGCGUACAAGUUGAAGUCUGUAGGGGGUGUCGAUGACUCAAAGAGCCAUCUGGAGCCCAAAGCCAAGCCGACCUCGCUGCAGGCCUCACAGCCAGCAAUUGCCCCCAGGCCUAGCUCUCGCUUUGAGACCACCACCUCCCUCUCACUCCGGCCCCCAGACAGCCCCACUCAGAGGCCCUUGAGCCCCAUGGAGUCCCUGAUGGGGCAGCGUGACAGGGCUGGGGGGGCGUCCGGGAACAGGACCACACUGGUCAGGUCCAGCGACAUACUGCGAGGCCCUAAGCCAUAUGAAAAAUAAAAUAAAAAGGAGGAGGAUAGCGACAGUUCUGUGGCUGUUUGGGGAGAUGGUGUGGGUGAUACAAAUGAUUCCCACAGUCACAUUUGGAAGGCUGGAGAUAAAAUGGCAGAUACUGCAAAUGAUGAAAUUCAAUUCAAAUUGUUAUUGGUUGAGGGUAAAUCAGGGCCUUUUGAUGUUAUUGUUAAUGAUGUUUUUGUAAUUGACAAAAGGUGAUGGAAAAGAUGAUGAUUAAAGAAUCCCUUUCAAGAA